AUGGACACCAACCCCAACACCACCUCCACCACCACCACCACCCCCAACCCCACCCAGCAACAACAGCAAGCUCAACCCUCCUACCCACCAACCCAAUCUUCAGUCCCUGCCCCUCCAUUUCAUCAUCUCCUCCAGCAGCAGCAGCAGCAGCUGCAGAUGUUCUGGAACUACCAGCGCCACGACAUUGAACAAGUCAACGACUUUAAGAAUCACCAGCUCCCAUUGGCUCGCAUCAAGAAGAUCAUGAAGGCGGAUGAGGACGUCCGCAUGAUAUCGGCCGAGGCCCCCGUUCUCUUCGCCAAGGCCUGCGAGCUCUUCAUCCUCGAGCUCACAAUCCGCUCUUGGCUCCACGCCGAGGAGAACAAGCGACGAACUUUGCAGAAAAACGACAUUGCCGCCGCGAUUACCAGGACCGACAUAUUCGAUUUCUUGGUGGAUAUUGUGCCCCGAGACGAGAUCAAGGACGAGGCGGUGGGGCUCGGGGGGAUGGUGGGGGCCACGGCAAGUGGUGUCCCGUACUACUAUCCGCCGAUGGGUCAGCCGGCUGGUGGGCCCGGGGGGAUGAUGAUUGGGAGGCCGGCGGUGGACCCCGCUGCAGUUUAUGGAGUGCAGCCGCCGUCUCAGGCGUGGCAGUCGGUGUGGCAGACAGCGGCGGAUGAUGGGUCGUAUGGGAGUGGUGGCAGCAGUGGACAGGGCAACCUUGACGGUCAAAGUGUGGGCCGCCUCGGUGCUUCCUGCACUCAAGGAAAAUGGAAAUCCUAG